CAGCCAUCAUGAUCAGUUUGAGCCUCCCUCACGCCCCAAUCAUUGUGGCCGAAAGAUAUACGAUAGCUUCUACGAUCUACAUGCCUCAUUUGAGCUUUUAGACAACCGGAGCGGCCAAUACAGUGUCGAUUGAGUGCUGAAGUGACGACUCUUUUCCUGGCUGGGCACUUGUAAAGUGGCGGUCCUGACUCUGUGGGUCCCUGCGCUGGUCCUGGACUCUGGAGGACAGCCUUCUAGGCUUCUACCGUCUAUACCUUCCGCCGAAUGAGGAUCACAGGUUCGACAACGCAAAACUAAAAACCUAGCUACUAUCUAGCACAGGGUAGAAAAGAUCCCUAGCUAGGCAGUGAUAUCAACCAUGGCUUCUUUCACUGACAACGAAGAUGCUAGAAGGAAAAGUUCUAUCAAUACUCAUGAAUACUUUGUCCCUGUUGCAGAAGGUCUGAACACAAAAGAGGGUAUCUCAUUUGAUCCCUCAUGGCUCUCGCCAAGGUUCUGGUCUCCCGAAGAAGCCAAGAAGGCUCAUCUCCCAGCUAAUCUCCCUGCCCCUGACUUUGUGCAAGUCUUUCAAUUGGACCAACAAGCCAGCAGCACAAAAGAAGCCACACUUCAGCAAGUUGGAAAAUCUGCAUAUGAUAUUGCCAAUGCUUGCUUGUCAACAUCAGCUACAUCAGCUGUCCUCUUUCGUGGGUUGUCAGCGAAAAUAUUGAAUGCCAAAGAUUUUACAGAUUUUUGGAAAGCCUGUCUAGCAGAGCCAUCCUCAAAAAACAGAAAGAAGUGGAAUCCUGUAUCCUAUGUGCCCUUUGGGGUUCAGCGCAACACUUUGGAAGGAAUAGAUUUGGUCACCAACUUUCCUCCAGAGAAUGCAUUGGCAUGCCAUAAUGAAAUGGUCUACAAUCCACAACCAGCAGGUCGGAUCGCCUUUUAUUGUCUUGAGGCUGCCCCAGAUGGUGGUGAAACCAUUUUGGCACGGAAUGUGGACCAUUCUAGACAUGUUUCACAAGAAUUGCAGGGCAUGGUCCGAAAACAUGGUGGCAUCCAGUACACACGGAGGUACUAUGACAAACGAAAUCCCAAUGAGGAUUCAUCAAAUCGAUUUCAUGUGAGUUGGCAAGAGAAGACGGGAACGCAAGACCCCAAUGAGGCCAUUCACUUUUUUGAAUCCGUUGGAUUUUCCGUGCCCGACCAGGUGCACUUUGAAACCUAUGAUGAUGGUUUCCAAAAGCUCAUUGUGAAAAAUGUGGAGAGUGGAUUUAAUGCCCAGGGAAACUGGUUCAAUAUUCUGAACAUGGGAAUGUUUCCAUUGGCAGAUGGCACUGUAGUCCCCAAGGCAAUGAUCCAGCAACUGGUCUUGGAUGAGUGGAGGAGUGUCCAUGCGCUCAAGCUAGUUCCUGGAGAUUGGAUUGUCCUCAAUAACCAAACUCUGCAGCAUGGUCGUUUGCCCUAUCGAAACAGUGGGGAGCAGAAAAGGACCAUUCUAACUGUGUACACAGAUUAAAUUUGAUUUCUAGAAGAAACUUAUCGUUUGG